AUGGCGGCCUCGGGAUCCUGCAGUCCAGUCAACAUUGUCUCUGUCAGUCCUGGCUGAUGCCAGUGUGAGCUCGUCGUGGAAAAGGAGCACACCAAUGUACAGAACAAACUGCACAGCAGCUGCCUGAGGUCAAUGGUGCACAGCGUGUCUGCCUUGGCCCUGGCAACCCCCAACGUGGGCAAACUGGGUGUCAGUGUGGAGCUGGACAUGAGGCACGUGUACAUCUUUGUUCGAUCAGCCAGUCUAGGAGAACAGAUCUCUUUGGAUGCCCAGGUCCUAAAGACAGGCAAGAGUCUAGCAUUCCUGAAGGCUGACAUCAUCAACUCAAGUGGUGAUUUAAUUGCCAGGGGUAGGCACACUGUAUUCGUGGGCAUGCCAUGGAGAAGUCUACCCAGGAAAAGAACUUGGAGAACUACAUGUAUGAACAGUAGGUUUAAUAAACAGAUGACUGGCCAGCUCGCUUUUUAUCUGCGUAUACCUGAAAGAGUGGUUUGUCCCAACAGAACUGUUGUCGGUGGAACAGAUGCCUUAUGUAUUCUCCUCAGGAGCAAUUUGAACGAGCCAGUGGACGUGAGAGUAUAACCACCCAGGCUUAAGUGAUUUAUCUGCUCUGGUCUCAGCAAUGGCUGGACUUCAGCCUUAAACAAUCCAUGCUUCAGUGACCAGCCCUAGCUCCAGUCUCAGCAACACGAACGAGCAGGUGGACUAAUAGCUUCAAACCAUCCAGACAUGAUCUGAGUGACUAAUUCUAGCUCUGGAGCCUCCUACGAGACUUGUGCUACAAUUACAGUGGUCUGCCUUCUUGAAGAAUUAAUUUACUUUAUGAAGUUUUGUGGGCAACAAACAUCAGCGAGGCUAAAGUGGUUCCUGUCUACUGCGGUAUUAGCUGGGGCUUCCCUUCAUAAAUCUAGGCAGCACAAACAGGGUGCUACAAUGCUCAAAGAUUAGAUUUGCAGAAAAUAGUGUACAGAUUAUCUUCUGAUGAAAUUGGAACGCUUCAAUUUUUAGGCCUUUGAAAUAUCACCCACUGAAAUCGGACCAGUUGGGAGGUACGCUUCACCAAGCAUUGCCUAUGGACCCUGCCCUGUUCAUUAUAGCAGCAUUGUACCGUAUACCAAUAUACACUACUCAAAAAAAAUCAGGGAUCAGACAUCAGAUACGUCUGUAUGUGGGACAGAUGUAUGCAUUAUUUUUCUAAUAAAAAGGUCUCAACAGUAAUUUUUUUCACAUUGUGAUGCAUACAGUAUCUUGGAAGUGCAUCAUUUCUCAGCUGUAAUAAUUUCAGAAUCAAAAAUAGCGCCCUCACAUUACCAGGAUAUCAUUCUAACUCAAUUUCUCCCCAAUACCAUUAUUUUUAGGGCUGUGUAGGAGACCUGGACAAGGUGCUGAUCUAAGUGUUCUUCAGUGUCACGAGAAUGCAGUACUCUGGAGAGAAAGUUUGCAUUGGACUGGAACCAAUAAGUUUGUCUUGUUUUGUAGCCAGAACACAACCGCAUUAAGUGACACUCACACGUUACAAAGUGAGUCUUUUUUUUUUUAAUUCUGAUCCUUUGAUCCUUUUGAGUAGUGUACAGAUGCAGAUAGACUUGCU